GGACCGUCUUCUCCCCUUGGAACAAAAGCCGUUCGACCUCGCCGGAAAGCCCUCUUGUCUUUUCGCAGAGCCUUCUCUUCUUCCUUUUUAGCCGGCGGGCAAGGCCGGCAUUUGGUUCCGGUGGCCUGAAAACCUGCCGGAAAGUCGGUCUCCCUCCGACUAUCUCAGCCUUCUUUUCUGAACGACGUGUUCCUUCUUCUCUGUCUUCUUUUUCUGGCCGUCGAUUUGCCCUUUUGGUGCCGCCGAUCGCUCCUUCUCCUAUUCGGAAGAUUCUUGCUAUUUUUCUUUGCGGAAGUUGAGGCCCUGUAGGCGAUCUGCAUGUUUAGAUUGUGCGUGAUCGCUCCGCUUUAGGCGUUCUCCAAUCUUCUUCAUUUCAGAGUUCAUGCUUUGGGGAGAAAGCAUCUAGGGUUACAGGGUUCUUGGAGAAACAGUUUGUUGGUUGAGUAAGCUUUACUUUCGUAAUCCAAGACAACUAAGCAUCUAGAGUUGGGAUCCUAAGCGUGUUCUAGAUUGGGGUUUAAAGUUACGCAUUGAAUUAGGGUUUUGGUUGUACUUCCCUGUGGUAGUUACGAUAUGCCGGAGUACGAUGUCGGAAAAUCAUAAGGAUGUGAAGAGUCAAGAGCUGCAGAGGCAUCAUUCUGACCUUUACGCGCAAGGGAACUCCGGCGUCCAUUCGUCCGACCAGGAGCAAGGGAGCUCGCACCACAUGCAUAUGCACAAUAUGCAUCUGCCUGGUCAGAUAGACGAUGUGCACGGGGACGCCCAAAUGAACAGUGGCGAUGCAAACGCACAUAUGCAACUACAAUACGUGCCGGAUCACGGACACAGUCUUCAUCAUAACAACGAAAGCGGGCUCGAUGAUGAUCAUGACGACGGUGGCAGUGAUGGCAUGGAUGGAGAUGUGCCGUCCGACGCUGCUAAUCUCGCUAUUUCUGCCAUCCCUCCCCGGGCCCAGGGAUCAAACCAGCUUACAUUGUCGUUUCAGGGAGAAGUAUAUGUGUUUGAUUCGGUUUCGCCGGAAAAGGUGCAAGCAGUACUCUUGUUACUAGGUGGACGUGAAAUGCCUCCUGGUCUGCCCAAUAUGUCAUUGUCUGGACAUCAGCAUUACAGGGGAUAUUCUGAUGUUCCGCAACGCAUGAACUAUCCACAGCGAAUUGCAUCAUUGACAAGGUUCCGUGAGAAAAGAAAGGAAAGAAAUUUUGACAAAAGAAUUCGUUAUACAGUACGGAAAGAGGUUGCCUUGAGGAUGCAACGCAAUAAAGGUCAGUUUACUUCAUCAAAGGCAAAUCCUGAUGAAGCAUCAUCAACUGUACAAAACUGGGAUGCUGCUGCUCAGAAUUGGAGUCAGGAUGGCAACGAACCCCAGGAGGCUGCGUGUCGUCAUUGUGGCAUCAGUGAGAAAGCCACACCUAUGAUGCGUCGUGGGCCCGCAGGGCCAAGAACAUUAUGCAAUGCAUGUGGACUCAUGUGGGCAAACAAGGGAACUUUGAGGGAUCUUUCCAAGAGCACAGCUGUUCCACUGCAGAACCCACCGGCAAAUUCCAGUGAGCAGGUGUACUUUAAUAAUGAGCAGGCGCUGCCUAUGGACGGUCAUAAUUCCUCUUCGUAACCACCCUCAUUUUCUGGUGACGACCAGAUGCACUUAGUAUAUAAUCUCUUUGUAAGUGACUUAUCUUGUUCAUUAUAUUAUAUGUAUUUGUAACUCAGGUUUCUGAAAAAGGGAGUUGUUAGCUGGAGAGUUGGGCGUUGUUGCCCUUCUAAUUCUUUUCCUUUCGUCCGUGGUGGAAUGCUUUGGAACAUUUGAAGUAACUGCGUUACAUAUAGAGUAUGCAAUCCUUUUCUGUAAAAUGGUGUGCCUUCGCUUU